AUGAGCGGAGAGUCGCACAGUAAUGAUGUCAAAUCCGAAUCAAAUGAAGAUCAAUUUCCUAUGGAAACCGCGGCCGUAAAUGACGAGAAUGACGGUUUGGGGCCGUCGGAAGUUCCUGUGAAGACGGAAGAACAGGAUACAGAUACAGGUUCCAAGAAACGGGACGUUUCCGGAAAGCAAGUUAAUGAAGCCACUGAACCAUCAGAAGAGGAUGCGAUGAAAUUUGAAGAGCCUUCCGAGUCUCAAUCCCAGUCCCAAAGUCUAACCCAAUCUCAGGAACCUGUAGAGAAAAGACAGCGAGGGGAUGGAAUGCCUCCUCCUCAACAAAAGUAUUGCGCCGCCAUUGUUCGCCAACUCAAACGGACCAAAGAUUCAGCGCCUUUUCGUGCUCCAGUAGAUCCCGUCAAACAAAAUAUCCCCGAUUAUCCCACCAUUGUCAAACAGCCCAUGGAUUUAGGAACCAUUGAGAAAAAAACAAGUAACCGCAUUUAUUCUUCACCACAAGAAUUCAUUGAUGAUAUGAAUUUGAUGUUUUCUAAUUGCUUUUUAUACAAUGGUACGAAUUCCCCGGUCGGUUCCAUGGGAAAGAGUUUGCAGACGGUAUUUGAACGCCAAUUAAAGCAAUUACCAGAUUCAGAUCAAGCCCCAGCACCAGUAUCCAAAAAAACCAAACAAAAGCCAUCUCCAGCCCCUGUUGCUGUUGCGACCGCCCCAACUCCUGCUGCUUCUACCCGUACCCGAAGAAGCUCGUCCGUUUCUUCACUGUCUCGUCCUUCCAUUUCUUCUGCUCCCCCUUCUGCCGUUCCCUCUGCUACUUCUCCGCCGCUUGUUGAAGGCAAACCGAAACGUCGAAAGAACAACUCUCAAAUGCGGUACUGUACCACGAUAUUAAAGGAAAUUUAUAAACGACAGUACGAGCCAUUUGUCUUCCCCUUUUACCAGCCGGUAGAUCCAGUGGCUUGUGAUUGUCCCGACUAUUUUGAAGUAGUUAAAUAUCCCAUGGAUUUGAGUACUGUCCAAGCAAAACUCAGUAAAAACGAAUAUGAAGUACCAGAUGAAUUUGAGUCAGAUAUACGAUUGAUGCUUGAUAAUUGUUUCACAUAUAAUCCUCCUGGAACCCCGGUUCAUCUUAUGGGUCGACAACUUGAAGAUUUGUUUAAUGAAAAGUGGAAUGCUCGUCCCAAAUAUGAUGAUGUCACCCUUAAUAAACAACAGGCUGUUGAGACCGCUUCCUUGUUAUAUGAAAACGGCGAUGAAGAAGCUUUUUUGUCGGAAGAAGAAGUAAAUGGUGACAAGUUUGCCGCCGUGGAUAAACAAAUAUCCAUGCUCCAAGACACCCUAGAAGCUAUGAAAGCAAAGAAAAUGAAACGCAUGCGUAAGCCUCGGCGCCGUGACUCCAACAAAGAAUACGGGCCUAUCACGUAUGCUAUGCAAACUGAAUUGGCUGAGAGAUGCAAUUAUUUAACUGCAGAACAAUUAUCCACAGUUGCAGAAAUUUUAAGAGAAGAAAUGCCUUGGUUGCGGGAUACGGAUGAAAUCGAAAUAGAUGUUGGAAAUAUGAAACCAGAAACUUUUCAUCGUAUUUAUCGGUUUGUCUGUAAACCCGAAGCAACUUCCUCUGAUCCACCUUCUCCUUCUUUGAUGCCAUCUAGACACGAGAAAAAGAAAGGCAGAGUGCUUUCGGAAACCGAACAGGCAGAUAAAAUUCGGCGUUUACAGCAGCAGUUGGAUCGUUUUGCUGGCAAAGCGUCCGAUGCACCCCUAGGGCAGUCCCAUGAAUAUGAUAGAACAUCCGAGUCUGCUGAAAGCGAUAAUGAAAGUGAGAGCAGUGAAUCAGAAUAA